CUCUUCAAAAGAACUAACAGAGAUGGACAACUUGUUCUCCUUAGCAAUGAUCUUACUAUGAAGAUCAAGGCCAUGGCAGAAGGUAUAAUCUGUGAGACAGCAGAAGAUUUCCAAGAGAGUCUGGUGAACCCAUUCUCUGAGAGGUUUCUCUGGAAAGACAGCUCUCCCAGGGGAAGCACUUGGUCAUGUGUGGAUGACUUUGUUCUUGGACCUCUAAGGAAGACAUCAAAGUCAGGACAAGCAGCAAAAGGCUUGAAGCUGAUAUUGCUUCAUAAUUCUCAUUAUAGGCAAAUCUGUUCAGGCAGCACAGUUAGCUAGGUAGAGACUCACCCUUAAGGAAGCUGCUUGCUCCAUAAUUCUAUCAUAGGCAAAUAUGUUCAUCCAGCUGAACCAUCUAACUGAGCCUAGUUCCCCUUCUUAUCAAAGAUGUCAGAGAUGAAUUCAGAUCUUAUGACCACAUCUAGACAUGUAAAUGGUCAUUGUUUUUGUCUUUUGAAACUUCUAGUUUUUCAUUGCAAUGUAAUUGAUUCUAGAUGAUUCACAGAUUUUCUCAAUGAAAUCAGGUAACGUUGUGAAGCUUU